AUGGAAGCACGUCCUACUUUCUCUAUUGAAAGAUCAAAUGCUAAGCAGCACAAUAACAUGGGGAUCACUGAAGCAUUUCCUUCAUCGCUGCCGGUCCUUCCAACCCCUCUAGAAGGGACAUACCCCAAACUAUCUAAUUCUCAGCCACCUUUUGUGGAAAAAGAGCCUAAACCAAAAUCUUUUACUCAUUCAAAUCAUUUAGCUUCCAGUGGAGCAGUUGGGCAUAUGUUUUCAUCUUCUCCUGGAUAUUCAACCGAUCUUCAUCACUCAUCCUUUUCAUCUCAGGAGAAGCACCCUAGAAAUACUCAUUUUAUUUCACAGUCAUUGAGUAACAUGACUUCAUUACCAUUAUCGUAUUCUUCAAAUAGUGAACCAAUACCUUCUACAACGUCAACCCCUUAUUCCAAUGGAAACAGUGUUUCCUGGCAUACAGAUUCUCUGCCUAGCUUUCUUGAUUUCCCUGCCAAUACCUCAAUUGAUAAUAGCCAAGUAGAAAGUAGUGCCUGCAAUAUUAUGGCAACUGAAGAGUAUUCUAAGCGAAAUGAUUGGCAGGAGUGGGCUGACCAGUUAAUCAGUGAUGAUGAUCCUUUGACUUCUAAUUGGAAUGAUCUUCUUUCUGACAACAUUCAAGAUCUUGAACCAAAGGUCUCAAAUUCAUCUUCACAACUUCCAAUAGGACAUCAAUCCCAAAGCCAUCAGCAACUUAUUGUUUCACCUGGAGAAAAUCGUGCUGGUGUUGGCCAAUCUUCAUCACCAAAUUCAGUACCUUCCAAGCCUCGGAUGCGCUGGACACCCGAGCUUCAUGAGGCAUUUGUGGAAGCUGUCAACCAACUUGGUGGGAGUGAAAGAGCUACCCCUAAAGGUGUGCUGAAGCUCAUGAAAGUUGAAGGAUUAACUAUAUACCAUGUUAAAAGCCACUUACAGAAAUACAGGACAGCUAGAUAUAGACCUGAGUCAUCUGAAGGAACUGCAGAGAAAAAACUGAGUCCAAUUGAAGAGAUGUCAUCUCUAGAUUUGAAAACUGGUAUUGAGAUCACUGAAGCUCUGCGACUGCAGAUGGAGGUUCAGAAGCGGUUGCAUGAACAGCUUGAAAUUCAAAGAAAUCUACAGUUGCGAAUAGAAGAACAAGGAAGGUACCUUCAGAUGAUGUUUGAGAAGCAGUGCAAAUCUGGUGUUGAAACGUUUAAGGCAUCAUCGUCUGUCAUUGGGAGCCCAUCUGGAGUGUCCUCUGAUGCCCAGAACGAUUCUACAGCCAAAACUGAAUCAGAAACCGUCAAAGUGGACCAUUGCAAGUCAGGACCUGAUCAAGCUAAUGGCAGUACCACAGUUGAAGAAAGUUCAUCGAAAGUGUGUGAAGAGCAGGAUGCUCCUGAAUGUAAAGCUUCUGAGAAUCCUAAGCAACAUGCUAGUGAAGAUAGUGGUGCUCAAGCCCCAAAGCGUGCAAGGACAGAGGAAUAA